UGCGAAGGGGUAGGCUGUUGUGAAGCCCAUAUUCUGCCAUAAACACCUACGAGGGAUAUUUGCAACUGUUCAGCUACAACUCGCACGCGUGGCUGGCAUGUAGCCAGCCCCAGCAGCUGUUCCUGUGUCUCCCCCUCCCAGACCCUGCCAUUGCAAAUGCUGAGACCUCUGCUACCCCAGCCCUACGCAUCAGCUGGCUGGCUGUCAGUCCAGUGGCAACUAGUGUGGCAGGCAGAGCAACGCACGGCCGGGCAGGGAUCCACAGAACAGAGCACCAUGUUCAGCAGUCUGGCGAGUUACCUACUGGGCAACCAGACCCACGAACCAGACCUCUCACCUGACGCAGUGACUGCUGAUGUUGGGCUCCGGGCAGUUGAGGGCGACGAUGAUUGGGUCCUGGUUGAGAGAACAGGUGCAGUACUCCGGAACUGUCACACUGAACGAGUGACAAGCAGAAAAGACAGCAGAUCAGAAAACUCCGAAGAGUCAAACGAGGAGUUGCCCGCCCUGGAACUCGCGAUCAGUACACUUCCUCACCCAUUCCCGCGCUCGUACCGGGCGCUCGCGGACGCUGUGGACUUCCGUUCCCUAACGAGAUCCUCCUCCUCGUCUUCUCUUCCCUCUUUAUCAUUUGAAGAGUCAUGGUUCCUGACGCCCCCUCCCUGCUUCACUUCAGAGGGGCCAAUCCACAUGGAGACUUCUCCCCUGGAGAAUCUGCUGAUAGAGCAUCCCAGUAUGUCCGUGUACCAGAACUCGUCUUCUCGCUUCUCCCUGCCCCGCGCGCGACACCGCUCUGGCUCUACUGGCACUGCCCCCGGGUCACCUGCUUCCAGUCUCUCCGGCGAUGAAGCUGACCCGCCGCGCCCUCACCUGGUUGAGGCUGAGGAGCACGUGACGGCACAAAGACACUCCAGGGUGCAAGCCACGCCAAGACAGAGGCAGACUGUGUUCUUGGAACAGCAGCAGCACGAGAAGCAGUGUCUCCAAAUCAGGUCUGCGCAGAAAUUACGGCAGCGCAGAUCCUGUCAGCUUCUGAAACGUAAUCAUUUGGAUCGUAGUAACAAGGCUCGUGAAAUAAACUCCCGAAACAAAUGUCAACGACGAUCUGACCGUAUGCAGCGUCACUCAGGAGCUAACAAUAACCGGAAGUGCUAGCUUUAAUCAAACUCACACUGAUCUCAGGACACAGGGUGUUCUAUUUCUUAGAAGGACAUCAAGAAGGGAAGAAAAGACCCAUGUAUCAUAUUCAUAAUGUACUGCAGCCUGCAUCUACCACACAAUAUGUGUUCACAGAGCCAUCACCUACAUUGGUCUCCUAACAUUGGAACAUCAUACUGAUGGCCAGAUCUGUCCACAUACAAACCCUCCGCAAACACAUCAGCAUAUGAGGCAUGAAUGUGCCUCGGGAAAGUUGAAAAUCAUGUACAAAAUUCUCCAUGAGUACAUACUUAAAAUUAGUUUUCCUGGCAGCUGUUAAUAAUUAAUUUACAUUAAUUAUAAAGGAUUCUGAUGAUGGUAAAUUACAAUUAGGGUUGCUGAGGGCUUUUGACCUUGUCCACGUCCAGUAUUCUGAACAUAACAUAAAGUUUCGGAGAUGAAAAGGUGGACUCUUAUUCAGCUGGAUUGAUUAUGAAGAUCCAGAACAAUUCAAGCAGUAUAGAGACUGGAUGACUGAGGAAUCCCAGUUCAAUUCUGAGCAGGGGCAAGGGAUAUUUGCCUAUGUAACAGCAUUCAGACAGGCUCUGGGACCCAGCACCAUAUCCGAGGGGUACUGGGUAAGCAGACGGUGUGCUGACCAUUCACUACCAACUAGUGCCAAGGUUAAGAAUGCAUGCAUUCCCCCAUAUACCUUCAGGGCAUGGUGCUAUAUUAUGCACAGUAGUAACUUCACGUUAUCACUUGAAAGGCGCUAAUCUGAAUCACUAGAUCAUUCAUCAGUCAAACUGAGUAGGUACCUAUACACCUUUUUGCCUAAGGACAGAAACUUGUUCUGUUCAGGACACUGAACAAUAAGCAAUGCCCAGAAAACCCGUUAUCCAAACUGUAUUUUAAUUACUAUGUAAAAAGUUCAAUGAAUUGGAAUUCUGUCACUGCAUUCACAAUUUCAGGCUUGCACUAGAACUCAAGCACAUUUUACUGGGAUGUUCUUACAUGAAGACCUUUUCUUUGUUCUUAUAAACCCACAACCAUGUUACACGGAGUGCCAAGUUAAAAUCAGAAUUCCGAGUACUUUACUGGGGUCACAGAAACAAGUCCCAUACAUGGUUGGGGUGGUCAUGAUCAAGACUUCCCUUUCUUUGCCUGUUUGUGUUGUAGUCCCCUUCAUCCAGCCCAAAAUGUUCAUUGGUUGUGAUGGUUAUCAUGUAGUUAUCACUACCAACAUUUCCAACUGGAGGGGUGAGCAUGACAUACCGAAAGAGAUAGGUUAAUUCACAAAACAUCUUUCCAUAGACUCAGAAUGAUAAAUUUGCUCAGAUGUGCUCUGGAUCAAAACUUCUCAAAUUUUGAAAACUGAAAACACCAGUUAACUCUCUUGAGAAUAACUCUCCGAAAAGAAACUUUUGUGACCUUAUUCAGUUUCCCCUCAAAACAAAACAGACAUGUGAUAAUUACUUAUGUGAACAGAUACAUCUAUUAAAUAGGCCCACUACUAAGUAUUCUGUUAUUUUAAGUCUUUCAAAAUAAUAAAUCAAAGUUGAACAUUGUUCUCCACAUGUGAGAGCUGCAGCGGUGUUUUCAAGUGCCUGGGGAUGUCUUAGGGUUCACUAAAUCGUCAAAUCUUAAUAAAAACAAAAAAUGUAUGGGGAAAUAUGUGCAUGGGUAACCCAAAAAUAAUCUUUAGCUUGAUAGCACUGGAAGAAGGUUGUUCAUGUAUCACCGCUCUCCUUCAUAUGCACAAUGUUCAUCGUUCUUUCUCUUAACCUAGCAUUAGAACUAAUUAUAUAAGUGCAGUAUGUAUAUACAUAUAUAUAUAUAUUAUUUAAAUAUUUAAAAUAUAAAUCUUGAGUCCUGAUGUAUUUAUAAUCUAUUAUUUUAAUUUUUAUAUAAUGUCUUAUGUUGUAAAUGAUGCAAUAAAUAUGUUUAAUAAGAUACAAUUCUUGCAGAUAAGCUUAGAGCAAAUGAUAAAUUUCUGUGGUUGAUCCCCAAUUUAUAGUUGAUAGAUUAAUGGCAGUAAUUUAAUUUUGUGUGAAAGAAUCUGGCCUUAAUAAGUAACAGUAAUAACAAUAAUAAUGAUGAUACCAAGUACUGCCUUUCCUUGCUCCUAAAUUGCUGACAGUGUUCCUAUCAUAUACCACUAGACAUUCAUACUGCCAUAAUUUGAGAGUGAUAUUACAAAUGUUUAUACUUCUUUAGUCUUUCAUAAAUAGAUCAACCUUAGGCAAGACAUGGUAUGAGCACCACCAUUUAACUUUUAUUAUUUAGAUUCAAUAUUCAUUUUGAAAACUUCUAUGGCCAAUUCAGAUCUUAAACAACAAUUGUUUUUUUUUAAACUAACACAUCCUAUGCAGUUUUAAAGAUAACAGCUUGAAAUAAAACGUGUUUUGUAUGUGAA